CCAAUAACACUGCUGCGCUUUCUGCUUUUGGUUUUCUUCAAUCGGAAAAAACUCUACUACCCUUCCCGGAGGAGCCGCCUUAGAACCGCCGCCCAUGGCUUUCUCCUCCGACCGCCAGUCUCUCAUCCCGUCCUAUCUCUACAGCUCCUCUUUCACCUCCAAACCCCUAAAUCUCCAUAAAAUGGCAUCGCCUUCCUCUACGCCGGCGGCGGCGGCUUCCUCUCCCAGCGGCGGAUUCAUGAUUCAGGCGCCGAGCGAGCCAGGGAAGAUCGAGAUGUAUUCUUCUCAGUUCUACGCCGCCUGUACGGUUGGUGGAAUUCUCAGCUGCGGCCUUACUCACAUGGCUGUCACUCCUCUCGAUCUCGUCAAAUGUAAUAUGCAGAUUGAUCCCGCCAAGUACAAGAGCAUCUCAUCAGGUUUUGGAGUGCUACUAAAGGAGCAGGGAGUUAAAGGUUUCUUCAGGGGCUGGGUACCUACUCUCCUAGGUUACAGCGCUCAGGGUGCAUGCAAGUUUGGAUUCUAUGAAUUCUUUAAGAAGUACUAUUCCGACCUUGCUGGACCAGAAAAUGCAGCUAAGUACAAGACUCUCAUCUAUCUUGCUGGCUCUGCAUCUGCUGAGUUGAUUGCCGAUGUUGCCCUUUGCCCUAUGGAAGCUGUGAAGGUUCGGGUUCAGACUCAGCCUGGAUUUGCUAGAGGUCUGUCUGAUGGAUUUCCCAAGUUUGUGAGAUCCGAAGGAGCUCUAGGACUGUACAAGGGCCUGGUUCCUCUCUGGGGGCGUCAAAUUCCAUACACAAUGAUGAAGUUUGCGUCCUUCGAGACUAUUGUGGAGAUGAUCUACAAGCAUGCUAUCCCCACACCUAAAAACGAAUGCAGCAAGCCCCUCCAGCUUGGUGUGAGUUUCGGUGGUGGAUACAUUGCUGGUGUGUUAUGUGCCAUUGUAUCACAUCCAGCUGACAACCUCGUCUCUUUCCUCAACAAUGCCAAGGGUGCAACUGUUGGUGAUGCUGUAAAGAAGAUAGGGGUCGUGGGUCUAUUCACCCGAGGACUUCCUCUUCGUAUUGUCAUGAUUGGAACUCUCACCGGAGCCCAGUGGGGUAUCUAUGAUGCUUUCAAAGUUUUUGUUGGCCUGCCAACGACCGGUGGGGCUGCUCCUGCAGCCGAGCCUAUUAAGGCGUAGAACAAGUUACAUAAAUUCAUCAUAAAAUUGAACUUUGCUCGCCAUCAAGACAUCGGGAGUAUUCUUUCGGGUUUAUUGAACUUUCGACGGUUUUUUUUUUUCUAAUGCUUUUGGCUGAUUGGAGUACUUUGCAUAUUUGCAAACUUGUAGAACUAGAUGCCGCAAUAGGAUUUGUGAAAGUGCCUCCCUGCAAAAUUUAAAAUAAUCGGCAAAAUGUAUGGAGGGUUCAAACUUAGCCACUGCAACCUUAUAUUUUUUCCUGAGACAAAUAACUAUAAGAUGAUCCUCAUCACUGAGAAUACGAGUUUUUGAUUGUUUUA